AUGGAGGACGUUCCACUCUCGUAUUCCCGGGAUUCCAUACAAGAAUAUCACAGCUAUACACACCAUGAUCAGGGUGAAGAAUCGAAAGACAUCAAAGUUGAGAUUAAAGAGGAAGAAGAGGAGAGGUUGGUGAGUGGAGAUCAGCAGUCUAUGGAGGAGGGGGAGAUGAUUAUGGAAAGUAAACAGGAGGAAUCUUCUCUACAUAUGGACACAAAUGGAUCCAGUAAUGGGAACCCACCAGAGAGAUGUCCUCAUCCUCUGUAUUCCCGGGAUUCCACACAGGAAGGUCACACCAUCUCAUGUAAAGUUAAAGAAGAGAUGAAAAUGGAGGAUGAUGAGGUUGAUGUGAAGGAGGAGUUUUUAAAAGGACACAGAGAUCCCUCCAAUGAUGUCAAGAGGGAGCCAUUUGGUGAUACAAACCCACCAGAGAGAUGUCCUCAUCCUCUGUAUUUUCGUGAAAAGAAAAACCAUACCAUUUGCCGCCAUAAUCAGGACGAAGAACUGAAAGACAUCAAAGUUGAAGGUAAAGAGGAAGAAGAAGAGACCUUGGUGAGUGGAGAUCAGCAGUCAAUGGAGGACGGUCCCCUCUCGUAUUCCCGGGAUUCCAUACAAGAAUAUCACAGCUAUACACACCAUGAUCAGGGUGAAGAACUAAAAGACAUCAAAGUUGAGGUUAAAGAGGAAGAAGAAGAGAGGUUGGUGAGUGGAGAUUGGCAGUCUAUGGAGGAGGGGGAGAUGAUUAUGGAAAGUAAACAGGAGGAAUCUUUUCUACAUAUGGACACAAAUGGACGCCAUGUCAGGAAUUCCUCGGAGAGACGUCCUAAAUCAUCUGCAGAUUGGAACUCAAAAGAUGACGGAAUAAGACCGACUUCACCAGAAGUAAAUCCCAAUGCACAAAAUAUCCCCAGACCUUACCAUUCAUCUACAUCAAUGGAUGUCUCUAAUCCUGAGGGAUCUUCUGAUCAAUCACAAACUAUUCCUUCAGACGUCCAGCUUAGUUCUCACAGUGCAGAAACAUCUACAGAUCCAUCUAAUCCCGGGGAGUCCUCUUUGAACCAGGGAAUGGUUCACGCAAGUGAGAAUCCAGUCUCAUGUUUGGGGUGUGGGGCAUCUUUCAAAACAAGAUCUGAACUUGUUGUACAUCUCAGGUCUCACACCAGCGUGUCCUUUUCAUGUUCAGAGUGCGGGAAAUCUUUCACUGAGAAAAGAGAACUUAUUGUACACCAGAAAACUCACACAACUGAGACUCAUCCAUGUUCAGAGUGCGGGAAAUGUUUCCCUGAGAAAAAAAGACUUCUAUCACACCAGAGAACUCACACGGGUGAUCGUCCUUAUUCAUGCUCAGAGUGCGGGAAAUGUUUCUCUGAGAAAAAAAGACUUCUAUUGCACCAGAGAACACACACGGGUGAUUGUCCUUAUUCAUGCCCAGAGUGUGGGAAAUGUUUCACUGAGAAAAGCUCACUUCUAUCACAUCUAAGAACUCACACGGGCGAGCGUCCAUUUUCGUGCUCAGAGUGUGGGAAAUGUUUCACUCAGCAAGGGAGCCUUAUUAGACACCAAAGAAGGCACAAAAGCGAGUUGCCUUUCUCUUGUUCAGAGUGUGGGAAGGGUUUUACCAGGAGAGCCAAACUAUUUUCUCAUCAGAGAAGCCACACUGGUGAGCGUCCCUUUUUCUGCUCAGUGUGCGGGAAAAGUUUCACAUUGAAAGAAAACCUUAAUAGACACCAGAGAAGUCACAUGGGCAAGAAUCCUUUUUCAUGUUCCGAGUGUGGGAAAUGUUUUACACGCAAAGAUUAUCUUAUUAGACAUAAAUGUAAACACGCUUGCUGAUACUGGUAAUAAACAUAUGGUGCAAAAAA